UUAACCACUUCCCAUCUGGCCCAUGUAUAUAAACGGCCGGUCAGAAGCAGUGCAAGAGCUGGUUGCUGUUCAUAAACGGCACCCGCAUUUUCAAGUUGUGCGAUCUCCCUGGGAGCGCGCGACACCCCUGUACGGGACCUCUGUGUGAGGUCCCGAUCAUGUGAUCGCUGAUUGGCCAAUCAGCGAUCACAUCAUUGCUUACUACUAGUGAAAUCUGUGAAUGAUCACAGAGGUCACAUGGUACAAUACUAUUCACAACAGCCUUGUACCAUGUGACAAGCUGUGACCAAUCACAGCUCUCACA